GUCGUACUAUCGGCGUUGUAUUAACACUAGUUGACCAACAAAGGCCAGCACACGCACUUGUUUGUAUUCAACGAUCGAUAGUUGGCGUUCGUGAUCGUGAUCCUUAUAUCAGAACGUUGCGAUAAUGGAUUGCAUAAGUGGUUGGUGCAGGAGUCAGCGGCGGCUUGUCGGAAUGACGGCUAUAAUUACGGGUUGCAACAGCGGCAUCGGGAGGGAGACUGCCGCCGAUCUGUAUUCCAGAGGAGCCCGUGUCAUAAUGGCAUGCCGAGACACUAACAAGGCGGAAGUAGCCAAAACUGAUAUAGAAAAUGAAAUUGAUAAAACCGAAAUCAGAGGUGAUUUGAUAGUGGAAAAGCUGGACGUAUCCAGUUUGAAAUCAGUUCGAGACUUCGUAUCCAAAAUAUUGGAGACGGAACCACAGAUACAUAUUCUGAUUAAUAAUGCAGGCGUCAUGAUGUGUCCUGAAUCUAAAACAGAGGACGGCUUCGAAACCCACAUCGGCACAAACCACUUCGGUCAUGCACUAUUGACUCUAUUACUGCUGCCGAGAAUGAUUAAAUCUGCUCCAUCAAGAAUAGUGUUUGUUUCAUCUAAAUUACAUACAAGCCACAAAGUGGAUUUGGAUGAUCUUAAUUUUGAAAAGUCAGAAUACAACGCUAAUGUGGCAUACUGCAGAAGCAAGGGAGCAAACGUGCUUUUUGCUAAAGCGCUUGCUAUAAAAUUGAAGGAGCACAACAUAAAAGAUGUAACUACGUACAGUUUACAUCCAGGAGUCAUCAAGACAGAUAUCAGCAGACACUUUGACAAGACGGUAGCACGUGGCGCUACUUGGGCGUUUAACAACGCUGGAAUGUUCCUGAAGUCGCCCAAGUGUGGCGCACAGACUUCAAUAUACUGCGCUGUUGAUGAAGCUUGCAAUGAAGAUAGUGGCCUCUAUUAUAGUGACUGUGCCGUAAAGCGUCCAUCGAAACAAUGUCAAGAUGAUGACUUUGCAAUUCAAUUCUGGGAGAAGACUAUCGAAUCUCUCAACUUAAACAACUACAAUGCUUUUGGAGACUCCGAUGCGCCGAAAUCUUUACUCGCCUAAUUUUAUGGCCCGUCUGAGUCUAGUUGAUUAUUCGAGUCGUUUUGUUAGUGUGUGCACUAUGUGUAAAAUAAAAAUGUAUGAUGACACUGUGUGUUAGUGUGAUACAAAAAAAGUGUGGUGUCUAUAUUUUAAAAUUAAGAGUAAGUAUUUGAGAUUGUUUAUUAGAUUUUGAAAUACCUUUAACGUAUUCC